CCGAUAUAAAUAACUGCAAACGAAGGUUGACCUAACCCAACGGCGUCUAUCGACUUCUCCUCCGGCGACACGACUCGAAUCGAAGCCCGACCGAUGGAGAUCUCCGGCGCCGUGCUCCGUGGAACCUCGGUCGUUCCCGGCGUUCUUCCGAUUCACGAUUCCCUGUCCGGAUCCGUCCCCACUGCUGCCCCCUCCAUGGCGGGCUUCGCUAAGAGGGUUAGGUCUUCGGGUCGAAUUAUGGGGCUGUCAGCGUCGUUCUCCGACGCGGGACACCUAAAGUACUACUCCCCCCCGGUUCGAUGCGGUGGGGGAAAGUGCAAGGAGGAGAAGAAGAAGGCAAAGCUGGUGAAGGGGCUGUCAAAGGAUCUCGCCGCGCUAUGCUCGAUGGGCAUCGGGGUCGGCACGAACCAAGGGCUCGCUGGGGAAGUCAAGGGGAAGACGUUCACGGAAGUAGCAGAAAUUUUGAUGGAAGAACUGAAGCAGCUGAGAUCACAAGAGAAAGAGAUGAAAAGAAAGGAAAAGGAAAAGAAGGCAGCCAUGAAGGCUGCGAUUAAGAAAGACUGCAAUGAAUCAUCCACAAGCUCUUCUUCCUCUGAAUCCAGCGACAGCGAGUGCGACGGUGAGAUUGUCAAUAUGAACGGCCUCAAAAAUUCUGUUGUUGUUCACGAAACCGAGACCGGAAGCCUAUCGAUUGCCCCUUCUGUGCCGCCUAAAUCAGCGGAAGAAACAGAGCAUCACAACCCUCAAAAGUCGCUUCAAGAGAGCGGUAACUGCAGCUUUGUUGCACCAAUUGGCGGUUGCAAUAGCUUGACGAGCAUCGCGACUGAGAUGGCGGUGAACAAGAUCGAAGUUUGCAUGGGGGGCAAGUGCAAGAGAUCCGGGGCGUUGGAGCUAAUGGAGGAAUUCAACAAGAAGAUUGGGAGCGAGGGUGCAGUUGUGGGGUGCAAAUGCAUGGGCAAGUGCAAGGAAGGGCCAAAUGUGCGAGUCUUGAACCAUUCUGAUGAAGCCAUUGCUCCGAAGAGGAAUUCUCUCUGCAUUGGUGUUGGAUUAGAAGAUGUCGGCGCGAUCGUUGCCAAUUUCUUCGCGGAGAAGGACGCAAGUCUGGUUGCAGCUUAAGAGUUUGGAAUGGUAUCAUUGUAGAUAACAGAGAUCUCUUUAAUUAGUAUGAUACAAGCCACUUCUUUUUAUCUUUAUUUUCUCGUAGUUUGAACGUGUACCUCUCACAAUGGCGCUUGGCCAUUGUUUAGGAUAAUACAAAAUGCAAUCUUUAUUUUUAAA